AUGUUCAACACUACGCAGAAUCCGCCCACCAACCUCCAUGUGAACUCUACUACUGUCAGUGGCCACCAUAUAACUCCACCAUGGUACCAGUUCCCAGUGUGUGCCGUGGCCCCUUAUGGCUUCAUUUUCUACUUUGGGGUCAAGGUGUUCAACCUGGCUCUGGGGACUCCCUGUAACAUCCUGGUCAUCUGGCAGAUCGCCACUAAGAAGAGUGACGCCUCCACCUCUGACAUCUUCAUCUUCAACCUGGCCAUCCUGGACGCCUACUUCUGCCUGAUGACGCCCAUAGAGAUGGCCAACCGGUUGCUGCUGGGCGACAGUCGUAUCUGGUACUUUCAGAGGUUCGCAUACGGGAUCAAAGAUGUAGCACCACUCUUUCUGGUGUGUAUUUGCUUGGACCGCUACAUUGCAGUGGUCCACCCAGUAUUGUUCACUGGUAUCCGUGACAACAAGAUCCGCAUUAGCAUUUCUGUGGUGGUCUGGGGUCUCAUCCUGGCUUAUGGCCUCACCAAGUGCACCCUGGGAGUCAUGAGUGUCAACGAGGUCUUCAGCGGUGUGAUCCUCUUCGCCUUUGCGGUCAUGGUCUUCUGCAACAUCUCAGUCAUCUGGGUUCUCCGCCGCUCUGUGGCGGGAAAGGAGGAGAUGCAUCCGGUGAAGAAGAAGGCCUUUAAGAUGGUGCUGAUCAUCCUGGCCAUCAUCGUGGUCAACUACCUGCCGCCUGUGGCGCUCAUGCCCUUUGUGUCGUACUACUCGUUUGUGGCGUUUCGCUGCCAGAUCAGCAUCAGCGUGUUCUCCAUCAUGGACCUGAGCUGCAGCAUCGAGCCUCUUCUCUACAUUACAAAGAUGGAGCGUGUGGACGGCAGUUGCUGUGGGCGGAGUUUGUCUAAGCAGCCACAUGAUGCCAAGGUGUGA